AUGGCAGAUUAUAACGCGGGGGCUGCCGUAGCAGGCUACGAAGCAAUUACUACUCCGGUUGAAAAUCCACAAGACCAUUCUUAUACAGAUGCAACAACCAAUACCGCAAAUACUGCAAAUACUACCACUUCUACUGGCUCCUUUUACGACAAGUUUACGCAUCCAGCAGCUACUUCUGCUUCUCCUGAAGCUGUUGUCAAAGAGCCGGGGACAGCAGGCUCUUCUCACGAAACUGUAAAGGAGGAAGCAGCGACCACAACAACACAUGAGCCAGAGCCGACGACAUCAGUAACUACUGUCAAAGAAGAAACGGUUCCAAAAGAAGAAACGGGUCAAAAAGGAGAAACGGCUCCAAAAGAAGAAACUAAGGAAGAGGUGGUCCCUGUGGUGGAAAAUGCAGCUGUUAUUUCUUCUUUGCCUGACAACAAAGAUAAAAAAGAAGGAGAGGAAGAAAAAAAGGAACCUGCCUCAACAAGUGAAAGUAAUCAAACUUCGACCGCUCCUCCAGCAGCAGUUGUUGAAACAUCUACACCAGUGGCUGAGAGUGAUGUUAAAGAACCUGCUGCUCAAUCCGAAUCUGCAUCUCCACCGCCAGUUGAACAGAAACCAGUUGCUACUGCUACUACUACUGCCAAGGAAGAAAAAGCUCUUCCAGAUACACCGGAAACCGCGACUGAAAAUGUUGUUCCUGUUGCCACCACCACUGAAGCAAACACCACCGUAGCAGAAACACCAACUACAGAAACCGAUAAUGCCAGUGGUUCACGUGGAAUCGAUAAAGAAACUAAAGAUCCUUCGGGAAAAACUCAAAAGAAAGAUAAAAGGAAAAGUCUUUGGAAACAGUUAAAGAGCGUAUUCAAGUAA